UACCAACCCGUUUUCGGGGCAGUAGCGUCCCGGUCUCUUCACGGACAGGAAGCACCUCUUCCGGAAGUAGUAAUUUUAGGACUUGCCCUGUUCAAGAGAAGUCAUGGAUUCUCUCGAAGCCGAUCAGAUUGAGACUCUGAAAAAGGCGUUCGAUUCCUUCGACACAGACAAACUCGGCUACAUCACCACCGAGACCGUCUCCACCAUUCUGAGAAUGAUGGGCAUCAAGAUUUCGGAGAAGAACUUGGCCGAAGUCAUCGCCGAGACAGACGAAGACGGCUCUGGCCAGUUGGAGUUUGAAGAGUUCGUCACUCUAGCUGCCAAAUUUCUGAUCGAGGAGGACGAGGAAGCCUUGAAAGCAGAGCUUAAAGAAGCCUUCCGAAUAUACGAUAAAGAAGGCAAUGGCUACAUAACGACAGAGGUCCUGAGGGAAAUCCUCCAAGAGAUCGACAACAAACUGACUCCGGAGGACCUCGACGGAAUCAUCGAGGAAGUAGACGAGGACGGCUCCGGCACUCUCGACUUCGACGAAUUCAUGGAGAUGAUGAGCGGCUGAGGCAGUUGCUUUUUGUUCAUCAAUUUAUUCGUUACAUCAACAUACUCAUCAACAUAACCCACACCCCUCAAAAAGAAAUAAGAUAAAAAAUAAAAAAGCAUACAAAACUAUAUUCUGUUUAAGCAUCAUUCGAUAGUACGUAGAGCAACCUAUCAAGAAGAAGAAGAAGAAGAAGAAGAAGAAGAAGAAGAAGAAGAAGAAGUAGUAAUGCAAAUAUUUGGCGAACAGCAGAAUGGCUGAGCCAAAGAUCCAAUUCGUUUUUCUGUCUUUUGGGUAAUUUUCUUACGUCCUCAGUAUGCAUUUUGUAUUUUGGUUUACGUUUGCUAUACUUGCUUGUGUUGUGUAUGCAUAUUUAUCUUAAUUUUCUACGUACACGUACACAUAUACGCCAGGUAUUGUCAAACAUGUCUACUUUAAGGCAUAAAUUCUUGUGUUUGGA